AUGCCGAUCAAGCGCUCGCCGGAAGAGGGCUCGCGUCCGCCUCUCUCGCGCGGCAGUGCGUGCCACCGCUGCUUUGCGCGCAAGGUGCGCUGCUCGGGGCAGCCUGCGCCCGAGUCGGGCCUCAACGCCUGCACCUCUUGCCUCCGCACCGCCCGCUUCAAGGGCCACGACCUCGCGCAUGCUCGCUGCGCCUUCCAAGGUGAAGGGCUCUGCAGCGAGGAGGGCGGGCCCUCGAUGACGGGCGAGAUCUACUCGAACGUCGGACCUGCUCCUCGCCGCAAGCUCACUUCGCGUUCGUCGACCAACACGUCCGUCAGCUCGACCCGGUCGGCCGCCUCGGCCGUCUCGAACGCGACAGACUACUCGUUCGACUCGGUGGGCGCCUCGUCGCUCAUCUCGCCCGUCUCGUCGACCGGGUCGCUCAAGUCGUUGGGCGACGGCAUCGCCUCGGCGUCCUCGUCGCCCGAAACCCUCCAGCUCGCGCCGCCCAGCACCUACCAGCUCCCGCCCGCACUGCCCCCUUACGCCCUCCCCGGCGGGCAGCAGCAGCACCACCAGCCGCCGUACUACGCGCCGCAACCGUCCACCUCGUCCCUCCCGCCGACCUCGUUCCCGCCUCAUGCGCCCUUUCCCGGCACGUUCCGCACCGCGUCGGACCCGUCGUGCGCCAAGUCGCUCCUGUCGCGUCGCACCAAGGCGUCACCGAUGAGCAUCGCCCUGCCGCCGCAGCCGUCGAUGAUCCCGUCGCCGACCGUUUCGCGCGCCAACUCGCCCGUCAACCCGGCAAGCGCGCCCCUCGCCAUGCCUCAAACUUGGGGCCCGCCGACACACCAGCAGCAGCACCACCAGCCGCAGUUGCAGCAGCAGCAGCAGCCGCAGCAGCAGCACCGUCACCAGCACCACCAGCCGCAACCGCUCCCCCUCCAGCACCACCAGCCGCAGCACCCGCACCAGCACGCGCAGCAGCACGCCUACUCGUCGCAGUACGCGCAGCAGGACGACCUCGCCGGCGCCAUGCAGUCGGUCCUGACGCCGUCGACGCUGUCCAAGCUGCCCGGCGCCCAGUCGUCGUACGACUUCCCGCUCUCGAGCGAGGCGUACGCCUCGUACGGCGGCGCCCCGACGCCCGCGCUCGGGUACGGCGGCGCGAUGCACCUCGGCGCGUACGCGACGCACGGCAUGUCGAGCUCGGCGCUGCCGCCGACGCCGUUGCGGUCGCUGUCCGUCUCGGAGCUGUACCCGCCGGCGUCGUACGCGCACGCGCCGCCGCCGCCGACUCAGGCGAGCACGGCCGGCGUCGAGUACGACACGCACGCGCCCGUCGCGUGGAGCACGAGCUUCCACCUGCCGAGCCCGGGCGUCACGUUCACGUCGAGCACGCCGCACUGGCUUGCGCACGGCGGCGGCGCGGCGGCGUCGCAGUACUUCCAGGUCUGAAGCGGUCGCGGUCGGCCUUGGUAGACCUCGCCUUUCUCGUCCCUCCCUCUUGGCACCAUAGACGUGUCUGCCCCCCUUUCGUCUCGACCCUCGACCCUCGGUCGCAGUCCCUCCCCUUCCUUGCCGUACAUAGCCCACCCUCUCUCUCCUCGCCCCUCUGUGAAUCUCUUCCCCUCCUUUUUUUGCUUGUCAACAGUACGCUGUCCACGCCUGCAAAGUCCUCGUCGCCUUCUC